AUGCAUGUCUUAGUCACUCAGGUCAUCUACUCUUUCUCAGGUAUUUGCUCGCCUGCUUUUACUACUACUACUACUACUACUACUACUACUACUACUACUACUACUACUACUACUACUACUACUACUACUACUACUACUACUACUACUACUACUACUACUACUACUACUACUACUACUACUACUACUACUACUACUACUACUCACACUACUCACACUACUACUACUACUACUACUACUCACACUACUACUACUACUACUACUACUACUACUACUCACACUACUACUACUACUACUACUCACACUACUACUACUACUACUACUACUACCACUACUACCACUACUACUACUACUACUACUACUACUACUACUACUACUACUACUACUACUACUACUACUACCACUACUACCACUACUACUACUACUACUACUACUACCACUACUACUACUACUACUACUACUAAUAAUAAUAAUAAUAAUAAUAAUAAUAAUAAUACCACUGCUAGUAAUAAUGACUUCAUUCGAAACGACUUUGAUGCAAUUUACAAUUCUCAGCAUGUAAUACUGUAA